AUGCAUACGCAACAACAACAACAACAACAACAACAACAACAACAACAACAACAACAACAACAACAACAACUGCUUCUUCACAAUAGAUACCAGAUAUUAGCACUGGUUGGAGAGGGUAGCUUUGGUGCAGUCUACUCUUGUAGAGACAAUACAGAAUCAGAGACAGUUUGUUAUAAGAGGACACACUGUAAUGACCAUGAGUUACAUAUUGUAAUGGAGUAUGCUCCACAUGGUGACCUCCAGACAAGGGUCCUUGACAAACGUAUUGGACAAGUGGAUUAUUUGCCAGAGAGUCAAGUACUUAGAUGGUUUAUACAACUGUGUUUAGCCAUUAACUUUAUACAUGGCAAUAAUAUUAUCCAUCGUGACAUCAAGCUCAAGAACAUUCUACAAGCAUCUGACAGUGUUGUAAAGCUAUCUGAUUUUGGAGUGUCCAAGAUUCUAUCGACAGCCAGCAAUGAGGCAUCCACUUGCACUGGCAGCGCUCACUACAUGAGUCCAGAGAUUCUUAGCAGAGAGAGAUAUAACUACAAAACUGAUAUUUGGAGUCUGGGUGUUGUACUCUACGAAAUGCUAACCAAGAAACAUCCAUUCCCUGGCAGGACAGGGGAAGAGAUUGCUCGAAACAUAAAGGCUGGAAAGUAUGAACCUAUAAGAGGAAAAGUGUUUGAAUGCCCUGGUGCGAUGUAUGAUGAACAUGAAUCCAAGGUUGAGACCUUCAACCUUUGA